AAACGUGCGUGCUUUCGCGCGCUACCGAGAGGAAGCGCGUGGAGGUUAUGAUGGAGGAAAGGUAGAGUGAGGCGGUGUGCGACUAGCAGAAAGCUUACCAUCAGAUGACGAACGACAUCUACAAUUGCUCUCUUUUGAACUACGCAUUUGCAUCUAAGCAUCAUUGACGUGUCUAGGCACGGAUUUUUUUUUUGUUAAUCCAGUUUUCCGUAAACCGACGCCCUGGAACGCCCAAAAAUGCCGAACAUUAAGAUUUUCAGCGGUAGCUCUCACCAGGAUCUGUCUCAAAAGAUCGCCGACCGUUUGGGGUUGGAGCUGGGAAAGGUGGUUACAAAGAAAUUCAGCAAUCAAGAGACAUGCGUGGAGAUUGGUGAGAGUGUGAGAGGGGAGGACGUCUACAUCGUUCAGAGUGGCUGCGGGGAGAUAAACGACAACCUGAUGGAGCUUCUGAUCAUGAUCAACGCCUGCAAGAUCGCCUCGGCCUCCCGUGUGACGGCCGUCAUCCCCUGCUUCCCCUACGCCCGCCAGGACAAGAAGGACAAGGUGGGGAGUCGAGCGCCCAUCUCUGCUAAGCUGGUGGCCAACAUGCUGUCUGUGUCCGGAGCCGAUCACAUCAUCACCAUGGACCUGCAUGCCUCUCAGAUUCAGGGUUUUUUUGACAUCCCGGUGGACAAUUUGUAUGCAGAGCCAGCCGUACUCAAGUGGAUUAAGGAGAACAUUCUGGAGUGGAAGAACUGCACCAUCGUGUCCCCGGAUGCUGGAGGAGCCAAGAGAGUCACCUCCAUCGCCGACCGCCUAAAUGUCGACUUCGCCCUCAUCCACAAGGAGAGGAAGAAGGCUAACGAGGUUGACCGCAUGGUCCUUGUGGGGGACGUGAAGGACCGGGUCGCCAUUUUAGUCGAUGACAUGGCCGACACCUGUGGCACCAUCUGCCACGCAGCUGACAAGCUUUUAUCGGCUGGAGCCACCAAGGUGUACGCCAUCCUCACCCACGGCAUCUUCUCCGGACCGGCCAUCUCACGCAUCAACAAUGCCUGCUUCGAGGCCGUGGUCGUCACCAACACCAUCCCGCAGGAGGAGAAGAUGAAGCACUGUCCUAAAAUACAGGUGAUUGACAUCUCCAUGAUCCUGGCCGAGGCCAUCCGCAGGACUCACAAUGGCGAGUCCGUUUCCUAUCUCUUCAGCCACGUACCCUUGUAACACUUCCGUCUCCAGCAGAGAGGCCCCACGCCACGCUGCCCCCUGCUGCUGUACUGAGAGAGGAGGACUUGCGCCUAACAAUGCAAUUUCUGCUUCGUCUCUUUCCUCUCCAUCCACCCUGGUUUAAGCCUUCACCAUUGCUGAGGAUCCAGAGGUUUAGAAGCAUCGUGAUCCCCCCCGACCCCCGUCUUUCCUGGUUUCAUCUGGCGUAUCUCCCUCCCCACAACUGGAAUUUGGGGGUUUAAGUCUCCCCCACCACGAUAUCCCCCUAUCCCAUGGUCAUACUAUGUUACUAUGAAGGUCAAAUUUGCUUUAAUGCUGCUUUCAGUUAUGUAGAAUUUUGUUUUUUUCUUUGCGUGCAUCUUUAAGUUUGUUCGAAAGGCAGUACUCGGCAGCAUAUGGCAGUAGAACAAGCUGUGGUUUACAGUACUGCUCAUGGCCAGUUAUACAGGUAGUGUUCACUUUGAGGGCAUGGAUUAAAGCAGAGAGGGUUUGUUUUUUUAGAUCUCUGCCAUCCUGGGGGGGGUUUGCUCCGGGUCUUUGCUGGAUGGAGCUUCCUUUAGAAAAGGCCAUAUCUGCUGUUUCUAAGUACUUUUUUUUUUGUUUUUGUUUUUUAAAUGAACUUCAUUAUGAACAUUUUUAAGGAGUGACUUUAGUUUUGUUUUUUUUUGUUUUUUUUUUGUUUUUUUUUUCUCUCUAAUCAAGUCAUGCAUGUGCUACAUUCAGACAUUCAGGCUGUUGCUAGUCUGUAUCUGUUAGUUACUGCAAAGUGUACCGUGUUAGACCUCAGGGAGGCGUUAAGUAGUUGUCAGUAUUCUAUUCUAUACUAGUCUUGCUUGAUUCAAAUCCAUGCCAUAACUUGUUUUAUUGCUUUUGAUUUAAGUGCAUGAUAUGAUACUGUGACAUUAAAUCAGAUGUUCAAAAACAUCUCUUAAUGGCUUGUCCUUGUCCUGUGUGGUAAUACAUGACAAUCCAACACAUGGAAAAGUUCCACUCCAGUGUGUCAUGCAGAGCAGACAAUAUGGAACAGAUAAAUAGUACCCUAAUAUAAAAGCCCUGUGAUUUUGUGGUACUUGUAGAAGUUGCUGUAGAGACACCUGCAGCAAAAACGACGAUGCCUUAAAGUGUCAGAAGUGCAGAACUGUGAAACUGUGACCUCCUAAAUUAAGUUGGAGGGGGGUGGGGAAGUCGGGGCUUGUAGUGUACACCUGUCCGUACCACUGCCUUCCUGCCUCCCUUACCUCAGAAUGUACUGCCUGUGAAAAUGGAACAAUAAAGUGAUCUCUAGUGUCAAA